UUAAGAAGGUCUGCUCAAGCCCAAGAGCCUGUGUGCCUCCUCAGCCCCCGAGUGUGACAGACGUGCCUUGUGGCUGCCUUGAAGAUCGUGUCGUGAUGGCGAAGACGUUGCUGUUGGCGCUGGGCGUGAUGGCGAUGGCCGCCGGCUGGGCCGAAGCUACCACGAUCUCGGUCCCAGCUGACCAUCCCAAAUACCCAGGGAUGUGCUGGACUGAUACGGAGCCUGUCAGGAACGGGGACUACUUUUAUCUACCCGACUGUGUGCGGGUUCAUUGCUACCGCACCGAACACGGAAUGCGGCUCGACUACGAAACAUGUCCGAUCCAGGGUCCUAGGACUGGCUGUACAGCUGUAGCAGAUUUGCGGUACAAAUAUCCCUAUUGUUGUCCCAGACUCACCUGGGCCUAAUUAACAGUCAUUGGCUUCUGGGUUAUGGAUUCACUGAACUACA